CCGAGGACAGCGGCGCCGAGUCCGCGGGUCCGCCCGCCAGCCCGGCCGGAGGCAGCCGAGGCCGCUCGGGCGGCGGCCGCGGGAGCCGGAGCGCAGCGCGUGGAGGAAACGGAGCGGCGGCACUGCCGGGUUGCCCAUGUGCACACCAAGCUGUUCUUGAACAGAAUGCAGGAACCAGGUCCUGCUCCCCAGGCUGGCCUACACUGGCGCAGACAUCCACGAGCUGUCUACAGGCCCUCUGCACACCAGAACCAGACAGCAGCCUGGAGCUGAAGCAUGGUCAUGAGGACAGUUGGGCUGUGCUGAAGACCCAGCUGGCUCCAGCUGUUUUGAAAGGACUCCAGCCCCCCAGGACCCCAGCCAACAGCCCUCUGCUGCCCACAGGAUGGGAGCCUGGGGGCUGGGAGCCUGGCCAUGAGGGACAACUGCCCCUCCCAGCUAAAGGCCAGCCCUGCACCCCCCAGGCAUACCCCUACCCAAAGCCCUGGCAUGGACUCCAGACACAGCAGCCCCAGUGGGGCUAGGGAAGGGGCCUCCUGCUCUGAGGGUCUUGGAGGGAGCUUGGCCUGCCCCUCCCUGACCUGCAUUCCUCCCCAAGAGGCAGCCACCAAGGAGACGGUUGGGGCACAUGGAGCCUCAAUCUCAGGGACCCCAGAAGUCACCUUCUCUGGGAAGCCAGAGCCUGUGUCCUCAGUGAAAACUGAUCCUUCGUCCUUAAAGAACAGAAAUCCUAUGUUCUUGGAGAAGGUGGACUCCAAGUCUUCAACGCAGGCAGACCCCACUUCCAUCAGAAAAGAAGAUGCUGGGUCCUUGAGAAAGGCAGAUCCCACGUUCAUAGGAAAGACAGAGCCUGCGAUCUUGGGAAAGGGGGAUCCUGUGGUUUCUGAAAGGAUGGAUCCUGGGACCCCAAGAAAGGAGGAUCCUGGAUUCUUGGGAAAGGUAGAUCCUGCAUGCUCCAGCAAGAUGAAUGCAGUGUCCCCAAGGAAGGAGGAUCCUGUAUCCUCAGCCAGAGUGGAUCCUGUGUGCCCAAGACAGGAGGAGUCUAAGUAUGCAGGACAAAAGCUUCCUAUGUCCUCAGAAGAGAUGGGUCCUGCCUCUGCGGGCAAGGUGGAUCCUGGGCCCUUGGAAACGCUGACUUCAGUGUCAUCUGGCAAAAUUGAGCCUGUGUCCUCUGGAACAGUGGCUCUGGGGUCAACAGGAAAGGUGGGCCCUAUAUUCUUGGAGAUGACAGACCCUGUAUCUAUGGGAAAUGCAGACACUGUGUCCUCCACGAAAGAAGACGCUCAGUUCUUGGGAAAGACAGAUCAUGGUUCCUCAGGAAAGGGAGAUCCUGUGUCUGUGAGAAUGACAAAAACUGGGUCUGCUGGACAGGUAGAACCUGUGUCUUCAGGCAAGGUUGGUCCAGUUUCUUUGGGAAAGGUGGAUCCUGUGUCCUCAGGAAAGCCAGAGCCCUUGUCUCCUGGGCAGGCUGAACCGAUGUCUGCGGGAAAGGCAAAAACUAUAUCCUCAGGAAAGGAGGACCCAGCGUCCUCCAGAAAGGUGGAUCCCAUUUCUGUGGGAAAUACAAAACCAUCAUCUUCUGGAAAAGUGAAUCCUGAAUCUUCAGGAAAGGUAGACCCUGUGUCCUCAGGUCCAGGGGAUCCCAAGCUCUUGGGGACAGCGGAACCCUCAUCCUCUUUAGAAGCUGAGGUUGUGACUGGGGGGAAAGCAGAUCCACUGUCCUCAGAAAAGGCAGGUCCUAUGGCCUCGGGGAAGUCAGACCCCUGGGCCUUGGGCAAGGUGGACCCUGUGAGCAGGGGAAAGGCAGAAACUGUGCCCCCUGGAGAAGUGGACUCCAUGUCUCUGGGAAAGGUGGCCCCCACGACUCUAGGAAAAACAGUCCUGGCACCCUCAGGAAAAGCAGAAGCUGUACCAGAGGGAAAGGUGGGUCCUCUGCCUCUAGAAAAGGGGAAUCCUGUAAACGCCACAAAGGUGGACCCCAAGACCACAGGGAAAGCAGAACCCAAGUCCCAGGGCAAAGCUGAAACAAAGCCCCCUGAGCAGGGAGGCCCUUCUUCAUCAGGAAAGGCAGAGGCUGCAUCUCUGCAGAACGAGAAGCCACCGGCCUUGGAGAAGGGGGAUCCCGGAUCCUCAGAAAAAGCAGACCCUGUUGCUUUUGGAAAGGUGGAACCUGUGGCCCCGGGGAAGGCCGACUCUGCACCUCUGGGAAAAGCCGAGCCCCCAUCCUCGGGGAAGGUGGCCCUCCUGACUCUGGAGCAGGUGGAGGCCUCUUCGUCCACGCAGUCAGAUGGCAAAGCCUGCGGCUCAGCCUCUUCUCCCUCGGGUGCGGGAAGUGGCGGGGACCGCGUUGAGCCAGCGACGGCGUCCAGCACGGAGGCCUUUGACCUCGUCCAGAAAGACCCGGAGGCUGCAGGGGCCCAGAGAAGCCCCGGCCUGGAGGCCGCUGCUCCCUUGCCUGGGCCACGGACUCGCGACAACUUCACUAAGGCACCGUCGUGGGAGGCGAGCGCUCCACCGCUGCCGCCACGCGAGGACGCGGGCACGCAGGCGGGCGCGCAGGCCUGUGUGUCGGUGGCCGUGAGCCCCAUGUCUCCGCAGGAUGGCGCGAGCGGCCAGGCCUUCAGCUUCCAGGCGGGGUCGGGCGCGCCCAGCCCCGCACCCAGGCCGCCCUCGCGCCGGGACGCGGGCCUGCAGGUGUCGCUGGGCGCGGCCGAGAUGCGCUCCGUGGCCACGGGGCCCAUGACCCCGCAGGCCGCCGCACCGCCCACCGCGCCCCCCGCCUUCCCCGAGGUGCGAGUGAGGCCCGGCUCCGCGCUGGCAGCCGCCGUGGCGCCCCCGGAGGCGGCCGAGCCUGUGCGCGACGUGAGCUGGGACGAAAAAGGCAUGACGUGGGAGGUGUACGGCGCCGCCAUGGAGGUGGAGGUGCUGGGCAUGGCCAUCCAGAAGCAUCUGGAGCGACAGAUCGAGGAGCACGGCCGCCAAGGGGCGCCCGCGCCGCCGCCCGCCGCCGGCUCAGGCCCCGGCCGUGCGGGCUCAGUGCGUGCCGCGCCCCCCGAGGGCGCCGCCAAGCGCCCACCCGGCCUCUUCCGCGCGCUGCUGCAGAGCGUGCGCCGGCCGCGGUGCUGCUCACGGGCAGGACCCACGGCCGAAUGAUCUGCCCCCCCAAACCCUUUUUGUACGCCCUGGUUUCCAACCUUCUCAGGCUCCCUUCUUGACCCCAGGCCCCUAGAAGGGAUCCCCUCGACGCGCGACAGCCCUCCGAGUGGUGGGCAGCCUCUAGGGCCCUCAUCCCCUUCUUUUCAGCCCCCUCCCAUACCACACAAAUGUACCCCUUCUACCCAGCUUCCUUGUGGUCAUGAGCCCAUGAGCCCAGCCCUGAAACCCUACUGUCCCCUCACAGCCUUCAGCUCCGCUCCCACUCGGUCACACUGUGACCUCGGGACCUGCUCACCACCCCUACCCUGAGAGCUGAGGCAGCCCCGGGAGAUGUCCAGAUUGGUGCGCUGACAUUGGCGGCCAGGUCCCCAGAAUGGGAGAGACUGUACGAAAACUCCAAGUGUGCAAGGAUUGGCGUGUGAGGCCCCCCGAGUGUGCAGGGCUCUGAAAGUGAGGCCCUGGGCGUGUGUGAGUGUGUGUCCUCGCCAUGGGCUGGCCCCCGUGGCCCGGGCAUCUCUUGCAUGCUGGUGGUCAUCCCCAAUUCCUGUCAGACCCUCACUGGCCCAUCCCCCAGCCCUGUGUCCACCCUCGUAGGUCACCCGGUCAUAAUUCCCAGGCAGCUGCAGGGGUGCCCUGGGGGCUCAGUUAAAAGGAGAGUCACAGCAAGGUCAGAGGGUCUCAAACAGGUCUGGGGAUCACAGGCAGAGGCUCACUGAAGGUCUUGGGCCACAGGCAGCCUGGUGACAGCUGGUCUUGGGUAUUGGGGGCAGAACGGAGAGCACGUUCUACCACAAUUGUCC